AUGGAGGAACAUGUUCAAUUCUUGUUUUCAGUUCUUCAGAGAGCGCAGCCGAAGGGCUUUCAGGGUGUCAUGCUUUCGCAAAUCAUUGAGGCAGAUAAGCAGAUGUUCAUUCUUGCAAGCAACAACCUCAUGGGACGUCUAACGGCCUCGCCAGGGGCGGCUCCUGCUUUGGACGCGGAGAUCAGUAGACUGUCUAGGAGCCCUGACAGUGACAUCAUGCAGUAUUUGGCACCCUUGCAGAACCCUGUAAUCCCACAUGUACCUUGGACCCCUCCCAAGGGAGAUGGCAAAGGCAAGAAGGGAAAGGACAAGGGGAACAAGGGAAAGGUCGCGACAGGUUCAAAGUUAGAUUUGCCGGAGGGCUGUGUGACCAAAGAUGAUGCGAACAAGCCUUUGUGUUUCGCUUAUAACACGCACGGUUGCAAGAAUACCUGUAAGCAGGGCUGGUGCCUGAAGGUCCCUUCCAUUGAGUGCGUCCAUCAGUGGAGGGAGCGACGGGGGCGCAUUGCAAACUGGGGCCAAAUCACGAGUGAUGAUCUCUUGACCUUGUUUGAUAUGCUCCCUCAGGGAAAUCUUCAGAAGGGUCAGAGAGAAGUGAAACAGUCCUUCGUAACCGGCUGUUACUCCCAAGGUGGAUUCCGUGGGUUGCGUAAGGAGUGUGCAGAGUUUCCAUACGCAAGUCGUGUCAUGACCCGCUUUGUGCAGGAGCGUCUUCCAGGUCAUGUUUUCUCCACAUGUGGCAUUUUUGCAGACAGUCUCACGCCUUUGCAUCGUGACGGCCGCAAUGCGCAGUGGCCGAAUGCAGUUUUUCGCUUGAGUGAUUUUAAGGAGGGGGGCUUAUGGAUAGAGGGCCCUGGGGACGAUGUUCGAGUCUUCAAUUCUAAAGAGCUGGUUGGAGCGGUUCACGAAAUUGGGGACGAUCCGCUUAUCUUUGAUGUAGAGGCAGCGCACCAAUUGAACUUCGUGCUACCUCCUGAGGUGCCGUUGCCUGUGCAAACGGCGCAGCUGGGAGAACGGCUCAUAGUCUUGAAGCGAAACUUGGCGGUGGCGCGAGUGAAGCAGGAGGUGAAGAGAUGCAGUGAUGCUGAGGCGGAGCUUCGCAAGGCCAUGCACCCGGCAGUGGCUAAGGUUAUGAGCGGCAAAUCCAUUUUGGCGUUGGAAUCUUUACUCAAGUCCGAGGGCUAUGACGAUCUUGAAGUCAUCGGUUUCUUAAAAGAAGGGGUAAGGUUGGUCGGAACUUCCCAAUGCCCAGAAUGCUUUGAUCGUAAGUUUGUCCCCGCUUUCUUGACAGAGACGGAGCUCAUGGCCUCAGCGGCCACCAGACGAAAGUCCUUGUUGAGUAAGUUCGAAAGGGUAGACCCGGAGGAGGCACGGAUCUUGAAGGAGGCCACGGAUGAGGAAGUGGCCAUGGGCUUUUUGGAGGGCCCCUACUAUGAUCAGAGCCAGAUUACGGAAUUGCUGGGAACCAACGAUUGGACAGUCAUCAGAAGGUUUGUUUUGCUCCAGGGGGCAGAGCUAAAACCCAGACCCAUAGACAACUGCUUGGAAUCCCAAUUAAACGCGGGCUACAGCUCCAGCAUUCACCUGCGGUUACAAGAUUCGGACUACAUCUCAGCCAUGGCCCUCCACGUAGCGAGGGAAGUGAGCGAAGGCCGAGCGCACAAUGAUGCAUCGGAGUGGAAGGGCAAAACACUUGACCUCAGCAAAGCUUACAAGCAACUUGCUAUCCAUCCGAGUAGCGCAGAAAACGCAGACUCCACGGCGAGUGCGUUCUUGGAUGCCCUAGGAUGGCGUCACGCCAAGACGGGCGCAAAAGGCAUUGGUCUAGCCGCCCACGAUUGCUUCAGUGGAACAGGCUGGGUCUUCACAGGAAAGGUCCCGUUGCAGUUGCUUGAAUCUUGGAAAGCAGAGGUAGGAGAGCAACUCAUCUGCGAGAUCGAGAUGUUUGCUGUGCUAGCUUCCCUGCUGCAACUGAAUGCUCUUGUGUCGUCUCGCCGCAUAGUGUGGUGGGUUGACAACGAUGCAACCAGAGGUGUCAUGAUCAAGGGCGCCAGCCGCAGUUGGGCCAUGCACACUUUAGCCCGAGUGUUCUCUGAGCUCGACAGAGAAUGGCCAUCCAUGUGGUGGGUUUGCAGAGUCCCAUCCUACUCCAAUCCGGGGGAUGCACCGUCGAGAGACCAAGGAGAGGAGUCUUUGGUGACGGUCGGAGCAUCUUGUGUGCAACCCUUCUCGAGACUUGAAGAGCUUGUUGGAAGGAUCCAGGCCUUCAACCGAGCGUGA